GUGGUUUUGUCUUAACAUCUUAAUUUCUUAAUGUGAAUAAUUGUUUUAGGAAUUUAUUUUUGUUAAUACUACAUAGAACUGUUUUAUUUUUAUUUCUAAAACAAGUGGAGUGAUCGCUCUAAACAUAGAAAAUAGAAUGAUUCUAUUAACCAUCCUAAUAGUAGCAACCCUUGUUUUUAUCAUGUUGGCUCUGGUUUUUCAACCAUUGCGCAAAAAAAGCAUUUAUGGAAAACAUGUAGUUGUUAUUGGAGGAUCCAGUGGAAUUGGGAAAAGCGUAGCCAUGCUCGCAGCCCGGGAAGGUGCUAAUGUAACAAUUAUUGCAAGAAAUAUUGAUAGAUUGGAAGAGGCCAAGCAAGAGAUACAGAAGCAUGUUGUAAAUGCGGAUCAACAAAUAAUCAGUAAACUUUCUGUAGAUGUUGUUGAUUAUGAAAGUUUGGAUAAUAAUAUAAAUCAAAUAGAAGAUCAGGUAGGUCCCAUUUAUAUGAUGGUAAAUUGUGCGGGAAUGGCAAUAUGUGGAAAAACAGAAGACCUUACACUACAAGAAAUAAAACAGUUGAUUGAUGUCAAUUUCUUGGGAAGUAUUUAUUCAGUAAAAUCUAUCUUGCCCAGAUUAAAAGAAAGAAAGGAUGGAAUUGUAGUUCUUACAGGUUCACAAGCUUCUUUAAUGGGAAUUUACGGAUUAUCAGUAUACUCAGGUUGUAAGUUUGCAGUAAGAGGACUUGCAGAAGCUGUGCACAUGGAAGCAAAACCCUAUAACAUCUCUGUUACAUUAGCAUUGCCUCCAGAUACAGACACCCCAGGAUUUGCCAAUGAAAAUAAAAACAAACCUGAAGAAACAAGAAUUAUAUCUGAAGCUGGUGGAUUAGCUAAUCCUGAUGAUGUUGCCAAAAGACUGCUAGAUGAUGCACUGGUUGGAAAAUUCUUUAGUUAUUAUGGAUUUGAGUCAUCUAUCCUAACUUCUCUUUGUGUUGGUAUGACACCUGCCCUUCGACCUAUUGAAGUCAUUGUACAAACUGUUAUAUUAGGCCCCCUGAGGUUACUUGGAUGUUACUAUGUUACAACCUUCCAUCAGGUGGUACAGAAUUGCUACAACGAUCGAAAAAAUCGUGAAUUAGAAGUAGAUACCCAAAAAAUACAAUAAACUGAAAUGAUGUUAAAGUUGUUAAAGUUUUAUCCACCAUUCUACUAUACUUAAAUAAUUCCUACAUGGCAUUUAAAUUCGUUUGGUCACACAUAUUUUAUGAAAAAAUUCGAGUUUUGGUACACAUAUAUUAUAUAUUUUUUAGAAUUUAUAAUAAAUUUUUUUUGACAUA